UCUGAGCUGCUGGAGGGGCAGAACUUCAACAGAGCUCAGAUCUGCCAGUCUGCCCAGUUGUGGAUGCCAACAGGACUAAACACAACAUGUUUUCACCGGUUGGACAUGCAUCUUAGAGCGGAUCCUAUUCUGUACAGACUGACCAAGGUUUAUAUUUUGGAAGGGGCUGAAAAGUUUUCUUCUAUGUCUAAUUAAAGGGAGUUUUUGUUCUAAAGCAAAAUGUUCACAACCUACAUAAAGAAUCUGAAUGAUAUGGUAUUUUCUACGUCCGAGAGCCCUGAGGAGCAGCAGAGCACCGGGGUCUUGGGUCGUAUCGGGAGCUGGCUUUCUCCAUGGAGGGGAAAGACGCCAAAGAGUCCCACUGAAAAUGCCUCCCCAACUAGUGAUCAGGCUCCAAAGUUAGAGGGAGAAGAGGAGAGAGAGGAGUCUGUGAGACUCCGGGCGAGGAGUCAAGAGUGGGAGGAGAAGGAGAAGGAACAGAGCUCCAAUCCCAAUCCGCUCCGUCUCUACAGAGACAUUUUCCCCCGAGAAGAGAGGGACGCCACGCAGUCUGCCCACAGAGGCGGCUCCGUUGCGAGCAGCACGGAGGCAGCACAGGGAGGUCCAAAAGAGGAGGAGUUUCUUGAGUACAGGAAGAAGAGAACUGGGCAGGGCGAGGAGAGGGAGGAGAGCAGCAACGGUACUUCAGCGAGCGGGAAUCUUGAGACGAAUGCCAGUCGUCUGACACAUCUCUCUUCUUCAUCUGAGCAGGGAGUGGCGUGGGACUCGGACCGGGCCCACACCCAGAACCAGGCCAAGAGACGAGCCCAGGCCCAUAUAGGCAGGAAGCUACAUGUGUACCUGGAGGAGACCAGCGUGACUCACAGCGGCCAAGACACCUGUGCUGGACAGAAAGUGGUCCAAGUCACAAAAAAGGACCUAGAGGUCAUCCCCAAAGCAAAGUCGUCACCCAGUUUUGAUUUGAGCUCAAGUUCAACAAGUGCAGAGAACAAAAGGACAAAUGUCAGGCCCGUUGCUGGGUCACAGAGUUAUUACAGCGCCCUAGUGGGAGUGUCGCUGAAAUCACAUAAAGACUCGCAGACAGAACCUGAAGAAGAAACAGAGGCCGACAGCAUGGGGCGUAAAAACUCAGCCAAAAAGAGAAUCAGGAAGAACUCUCAGGGAGAAGAAGUGAACAUCCCCCAGGAGAAAAUGCCUCCCAACGACCAACCCGUCCCUGAGGGAAUCCCUCCAUCAGAUAACCCAGUGACCAGUCAUCAGGGCAAAAGUCCAAAGACUCACAUGGGAGAGUCGUCUGUCAACUCCUCCUCCUCCUCCUCCAAGCACAACCCCACCUCUCAGGCCUCACCUGAAGGAGGGGAGUGGAAGACUUCCUGCCCCGACACAGACAAGCAGUUGGACACAUUCCAAGACUCAAAGACGGUCGUCGCAGCCACAUGUGUGAUUGAUGGGGGCGCAGACAUGGAGGACGACGACAGUCUUUACAAAGUGGAGAGGAAGACAGAGACGCCGGAGUCCAAACGCAGGAGUAUUAAGGUUUCUCGAAGUGAGGUGAAGCUGUUUACAAAAAAUGUGCCUUUGAAUCCGAAGCAAAGUCCAGCGGGAGACACCCAGGAAUUUAAGGCAGCGUUAAAGAAUAACAGAGAUGAAGCAAAGGACAGGCCCAGAACAGAGAUUGAUGCAAGACUACACGAGCUGAAGAAGAUCGAUGAGGAGCCUAAACCAGCUGUUGGCCGCAUUGCUGAUAAAAUCAGCCUCUUUGAUCGACCGGCAUCGGGGGUCAACAAGCUGGCCUUCCAGACCCCGAGGAGCGCCGACGUCUCUCCAGUCAGGAAUGCCACAGAAAGGCUUAAGGCUGAUUUUCUGUUGUCAGAAAAGAGGUCAAGAUCAGCCGAGCGUUACGACACGCCCAGGACCAGCUCCAAGUCGCCCACCAGGGAGAAGCCAAUGACGAUCAAGGAGCGAGCGAGGAACUUCACGGAAGCGUCUAAAACAGAUGACAGGCCGGCGCUGCCUCCAAAACCAGCCACGACAGGAAUGUCUCAAAAAGCCUCCUCGUCUGUUACAGCCGCUACAUCUAAGUCACCAGAACUGGACAGUCAGGGUAAACUGGAUGCUACAGAGCAAAUACAGAAAGGGAAAACAGAGAUAACAUCAAAACCGGACGGACGAGAUACCACCGCCGUAGCGGUAAAGAUUCCCAUUCCUAAAGAACCACCAACAGACUCCAAAACAAACGACACACCGGCCUCUAAAACAGCAGAUCAGGGUGUGAAACCCAGCAGUGUUAAAGCAGAUGUUCCAGCUAAAACGCCAGGUGAUUCUGCAGAACUGACCAAUAGCAUUAGCCCUAAAGUCCCUGUCCCUGUCAGGACAGGCUCCCGCUCUAAAAGAAGAAAAAGUAGGGAGCCAACCAGUCCCAUCAGCCCUAAUAUUGAAAACAAACCAGUAUUCUCCACGAGUAAGCUCACUGCUAUAAAACAGCAACAGGUGGAUGAUAUUAAGGAGGCUGCUUCUGCCUCCAAGCAACCCACAGAGAAAGUCUCAUUACCAUCUGAUAAAGCCCAAGGAAAUCCACCAGAUACCAAACAGAAAGCAUUUAAGAAGGAGUUGGAGGGUUUAGACAAACAGAAGAAACAAGCAGACUCUUCAUUUAAAAAGGAGGUUAUUGACAAACCGCUAAACAGACAGGAGGGAUUGCCUGAACCGUCCGUCAACAAAGAUGAACCCGAUACUGCUGCUCGUAGCAGAGGAACAAAGACGCCCAUUGACAAGGAUUCCGUUAUUUUACCCCAAAAGGAGGAGAAGGCAGGGGGUCGCAGCCUCUUAUUGUCACAAAGGAGAGAAAAGGCCUCCAAGGACAGCAGCGAAACUCCAGCUUCCCCCGCCUCACCUGCUGUCAAACCACCUAUUGAGAAGACUCGUUCGACGGAGCAAGAGCCACCCGUCGAACAUCCCAAAUUAGAUAAAGAUUUGUCAAUGCAGUCUGAAUCGAAAAGUAAAGUAAAAGCACGGGAGCCGAAUAAAACAGACACACCGCAACCCUCAAACAAGGACCUAGAGCGAAUACAUCAGACUGAGAAGAAAGAUGUGGGGAAGUUAGAAAAGGCGGAGGGCGUGAAAACAAAUCAGACCGAGAAGAAAAACAAACCGCAGCAGCUCCUGCGCGCUGAUAAAAAUACCACAAAGGCCGAGGUUUCAGACAGCAGGCAGGGUAUCUCGGGGACAGAGGGGAGCGCUGCGAGGGAUGAUGAGAGAAAAGAUGAGACGCAGCCGGUUAAAGUCAUCACAAAACCAGAACCAGCCUCUAAGUCUUCAGAGAGGACCGCUACGUCAUCAGCUGCUCCAAAACAACGUGUCAGACAUCCAGAAAAGGCUGCUGUUUGUGCCAACACCCAGACUAAUGAGGCCAAGAGCGUGACCAUGAGUGAGAAAGGGCCGAGAGCCGUGCCCUCUGAGUUACAAACGAGGUCCUCAGAAAGCCCUGGUUCAGAGAGAGAGCCAAAACCACAGCCUCGUUCUGUAUCUGUGGAAAAAACAGAGAAUUCACCAGAUGACUCAUGUGCACAUGGAGCUAAUGAUGCUCAGUUUUUGCUCAGCUCAAAGUCUAUUACCAAAGCAACUACAGCAGAUGAGAAAGUGGCGGUAAAAGCCGCUGAUGGCACUCCAGCGCUGAUAACGGCGCAGACUGGUAAUAUGUCAGAGACAGAAUCGUCUGUUAAAGAGUCUAUUUCUGUCAGUAAAUCUGCGAGCAGCGAGGGAGAACGGCAGGAUGCUGAGAUUAAAACUGUCAAAUCAGUGCCUUCAGAAGUCUCAGGAGAUCAGAGGAAACAAGCUCCUAGACACUGGGAGGAAUCAAAAAGUGCAGAGAGCGCAAGUGAUAUCACUUCAUUCAAGGGCGCAAAGAAAAUAGCACAGAGCCCCUCUGAUAGCGCAGUUUCUAAUGUGGCGGAGAAGACAGCUGAGAAAACAUUACUUUCACCAAUAAAUGAACUUUCACCUGUUCCUAAUGGUGACAUCUCCCCACAUCCACAACUCCUCACAGUCAAAAACAAACCGAGUCAAACUCCAAAAGCGCCCGCUUCCCCGCAGGAUAAUAAGCCGAGCCCAGACUCAACCCAGCGUUCAACAAUGAAGAAGCUCUAUAAGCCACGGGGACUAAGCAAAGACGAUUCUUCGACGCUGCAGGACGCCCCCUCUAGCUGGCUGGAUUUGGACUUCCCCAAACAGAAGCUCAAACUCCAGGCGCCCAAACUGAGCUCCUUCGGAAGCGAGAGCAAUCUCCUUGACACCCCGGGCGAGCUAGACGACGACGAUUUUGUCGAGAAAAUCAAGAAGCUUUGCGCCCCGUUCUCCCUCCCGCCGCGCAAACACAACCCACUCCGGCCAUCUCAGCCGCCGUUCGCCAUGCCCGCCAUCAGGGAGGCCCGCUUCGAGAAGACGUUUGACCCCGCUGAGUUUAAGUUUGGCUUGAGGAAGGAGAAUAAGUUCACCGUAGACACGACGCCGAGCUUCAUGGCCGCUAUGCUCCAGGAGAAGGACACGAAAUCAGGCCUGAAGCCUGCCAGGGCGAGUCUGGCCGACAGGAGCAUGCUGCUAGGCAUCCUGGACACUCACUCUCGCCUCAGGGACAAAGAUGAGGAGAGCGACAAAGAAGAGAAGGAUGAGCAGAUCAAGGUGAAGUCUCGCUUGGAGGGGAGCUGCGUUCUCAGCAGCCUCACCUCCUCCAUCUUUAGAGUGAAGAGGAAUGGAGUUCAGACGCAGGCCGAGGGCACCAGUUCUGGGGAGGUGUCCCCUACUGAAGCCCACCAGCUGAGCCCUCCACCUUAUUCCCAACAACCCCCACCAAGCCCAACCGCCGCAGCUCUGGGCCCGUUCAGCAGAGAGGAAGCCCAGGCUGUGGUCAGUGACUCAGGCCCUCCACUUCCCUCCUUUAACGACUACAAGCUGCCAGACUAUUUGGAGAAGUACCUCCCCCGAGAACCAGCGAAACCAGAGCACAGCAUACAAGGACACGAGCCAGUCAGAACCAAGGCUAUUGGGAAAAUGACAACUCCUCUGGCCUCUGGAGAUGAAGCCGACAUGGCUGUGAAACCAGGUCCGGUGCUUCCUGAUGCUGUGCCCCCAUCUUCUCCUCGGAGUCCUACAAUCACACACCCUCCCUUCCCUGACCUUAAGCAGCCUCCUGCUCAGCUACAGAGAAGACUCAGUAAUAAGAUAAGAACCGCCAAGGGAUUUCACAAGCGCCCUGGAAAGAUGGUGCUGUUUGAAAAGGCUCAGUUCAGCGGCCAGGCGCAUGAGAUAUACAGGGAUGUAGCAGAUGCUACUUCACUGCAGCUCUCGCCUCUCAUAUCUGUGAAGGUUGUCAGAGGAUGCUGGGUGCUCUACGAGAAGCCUAACUUCCAGGGACGCCCCAUCGCCUUGGAGGAGGGAGGCAUGGAAUUGGCAAACAUGUGGGCAGAGCCCGGGCCGGAGACAGAACCACAGAACAACUCACCGAUGGUAAUCGGCUCCGUUCGACUUGCUGUCGGGGAUUACAGCCUGCCCCAUAUUGAUCUGUUUACUGAACCAGAGGGGCACGGCAGAGUAACACCUUAUCACGAUGACACAAUAGAGACGGGCUCGUUUGGCAUUCCACUGAGCACAGCUUCCAUCCAAGUGCACUCUGGGGUGUGGCUGGUGUUCAGCGACCCGGGCUUCCAAGGCAUGGUAGGCGUGCUGGAGACAGGAGAGUACCCGAUUCCUGAGAGCUGGGGCUUCCCAUCACCCUUCGUUGGAUCUCUUAGACCACUUAAAAUGGGAGGUUUCAAAGUGGAGAAUCCCAAUGAAGUCAAGGCUGUGGUGUAUGAGAAGCCUGGCCUUGAGGGCUCCUGUUUGGAAAUCGACGGUGAUGUUUUCAGCUUUUGUGAAAGUGAAGGAGACCUUGCUACGGAUGGAGCGAACUUUGAUUCAACGAAACUGAAGUCUGUGGGUUCUCUAAAGAUCAUCGGAGGACUCUGGGUGGGCUACAGCGAGCCUGGGUUUGAGGGCCAGCAGCACAUCCUGGAGGAAGGAGAGUACCCGGACUGCAGCGACUGGGGAGGCUCAGACCAGCUCCUGUCACUGCGACCGAUACAGGGUGACUUCAUGUCUCCACACCUCAAAAUGUUCAGCGACAUACAUUUCGGCGAGCGGGGAGUCAACAUUGACCUCGCAGUGCCUGUCAUCAACAUGGAUGACACGGGCUACGGCACGAAGACGCAGUCGGUCGAUGUCAUGGGCGGCGUCUGGGUUGUGUUUGAGGAGCCGGGCUUUUGUGGUGAGAGCUACAUCCUGGAGAAAGGCCUGUAUGGAAGCCCGGAGGACUGGGGGGCGCAGCAGCCCAGAGUGGCCUCAGUGAUGCCUGUUGUUCUGGAUGAUUUCGAGAACGCAGCCAAGUUUAAGGUGCAGCUUUUCUCUGAUCCAGGGUUUGAAGGCUCCGUCGUCCCUCUUGAGGACAGCGUGGCCUCCCUGCAGGACGGCGUCUCUGUGGCCUCGUGCAAGGUUCUGGCUGGAAGCUGGCUGGUAUUUGAGGGCCGGGACUUCACUGGCAGGAUGUACGUAUUAGAAGUGGGGAGCUACCCAGACCUGAGAGCGAUGGGCUGCGUCAACGCCAGCUCCUCCAUCCUGUCGCUACAGACUGCUGGCUUUGAGUUCUCACUGCCGUCCAUCACUCUGUUUGAGCGGAGCGGUCUGUGGGGGAAGAGGGUGGUCCUGACAGACGGAUCGGUCAACCUUCAGCUGGCUGGAGGCUGCAGCAGAGUCCAGUCUGUGCUGGUAGAGGGAGGCAUGUGGGUAUUAUACGAGGGAAUCAACUAUCGGGGUCCUCAGAUUUUGCUGAAACCUGGCGAGGUGCCUGACUGGCGCAAGUUCAGCAGCUGGCAGAAAAUUGGAUCUCUUCGCCCUCUUAUACAGAAGCGAGUGCACUUCCGUGUAAGGAACAGACAGACGGGGCUCAUGAUGUCAGUGACCGGCGAUUUGGAUGAUGUCAAAUUGCUGCGGAUCCAAGAGACGGAGGAGGCGGAUGGAUUCGAGCAGAUCUGGUUCUACCAGAACGGACAUCUUCACUGCAAGCUGCUGGAGGAGUUGUGCCUGAGUCCCAGCGGCAGCGUGGUGAUGGCAGGAAGCCGCGUGGGUCUCACCCCACUGCCAGACAACCAGGUCCACGUCUGGAGCAUCACGCCUGAGGGCUUCAUCCGCUACACCCCCACCGCUGAUCUGGUCCUGGACGUCAAAGGGGGUCUUCACUACGACAAAAACCAGUUGAUUCUUAAAACGCUUGAUCCAAAUAGACUACAACAAAGGUGGGAUGUGGAGAUUAUAUGAGAACAUAUGAGCUGCUGGACUGGAUCCCUACUAUUAUUAUCAUCAUCAUCAGAGGAACGGCUCUACCAGAGGCUCUGCUAUGCAGCUGCAAGACAAGUACGUCAUUGGAGAUGCUCAACCUCUGCUGCUGCAGGACGACUACACAAAGAGGAAGUCGACAUGAAUCAAUCCGUAAGAAUGUAUUACUACCCAGAGCAUAGUCUGAACUUUAAAUACAUCAUAUUUUACACUUACUUACUAAUAUAUCCGAAGGUUAUUUUUUUUGUCUUUUCAUUGAAUAAAUCUGUUGGCCUCAAGUUAAUUAACUUAAAACAGUGUUAACACUUUUCUAUAUUUUUAUGCAAUAUAUAUAUAGCUUUAUUUUCCUGCUGCAUACAACAUGAAAAAACAAAAAAUACAGUUCCUCUUGUCUAUUUUUUCUGUUUAAUCAAAAUUACAUAGCACAAAACUCUUUUGUUUUCAGAAUAAUAAAAGUAUUUUUGUCAAUAAAUGUCUUUAAUACACUGUACAGCA